AUGCUGCAGUCCAAUGACCAUUGCACUUGCAACAGUGCUCCAAAGGCCGGCCGGCCGACUUGUUGGUUUAUUUCAUAUACUGAGUUCCAUUGUCAACAAUCUCUGCAGAACUCCCUUAUAACCUGCUACAUUCCUUUACUCAGCUUCGAAUUUCGAUCUCUCACCAUGGUUUUUCUUCACGAAUUCAUCGGUUUAUGCAUACUCGUGUUCCUAAUCAAUCCGAUAUCUUCGCUGCAAUCUUAUGACGAGUCGAAUUGCAGUGCAACUUCACAAGUUCAUGAACCAAACUACCUUUGCACCCCAAAAGAUUCCCCAUGCCAUACUUACGUAGUUUAUAGGGUUCAAAAGGAUUUUCAAUCAAUGUCAUCUAUUGCAUCUCUUUUCAAUUUGUCCAUGUCUGAUCUCCUUGAAACCAAUCAUAUGACUGAAGCUGAUUCAACCGGUCUAAAGCUAAGAAAAGAAAUCAUCGUACCGGUUGAAUGCUCGUGUUUUCGAACGAUCUCUCGGUCUAUCUUCGAGUACCGUAUUUCUAGCAGUACCAGUUCGUUAGCUUCAUUUGCUUGUGGAGUUUUUGAAGGGCUGACGAAAGUGCAAAGUCUCCAAGAAGAGAAUCCAGACUUCGAACUAAAUCUUGCCGGUGACUUGAUGAUCAAGGUACCGAUUCGAUGUGCUUGUCCUGAUGCAAAUCAAAGCAGAAAUGGGGUUCAACAUCUUGUAACAUAUCCAGUGUUAGAGAACGAUCAUACCGAAAUAAUUGCUCGGAAAUUCGGAGUACCAGAAGAAAUCAUAUGGAAUGCCAAUAAGAUGCAAUCUUUUCCGACUAUUUUCCCUCUCACAACACUACUUGUUCCGAAAAAAGAUGUCCCGGUACUGAAUUUGGAUGUCCAUGAAGAUUUACCCUCUGGUCCUAGAGUGGCAAGUCCGAUUGAGAAAAUUGAACCGAGCAAGAAAUCAAAGCACUUGAGUUCAUAUGCAAUUCUUGGACUCGGCCUUUUUGCAGUGGUUAUCCUGCUGAUUGCAUCCAUCGUCGCAUUCCAUCACGUUCGGAAAAGGCGUAACCAAACCAGUUUUCAGCUUUUAUCCGGUAGAAGUUCGGUGUCGUCAAAUGUCUCACCAGAUUUUCUAGAAAGAAUGUCCGAGUUAAAGCAGUCCUUAACGAAUUUCACCUUGGAGGAACUCAGGGAUGCAACUGAGGAUUUCAACGAGGGAUAUAAGGCAGGGAAAGCUGUAUAUAGAGGCAAAAUCGGUAGUUACAAGGUGGCGAUCGAGCGGAUGAACACGGAUGAAGCCACUCGCCGUGUUGUUUACAUAUUGACCAAAAUUAACCACCUAAACAUAGUAAAGAUCGAAGGUUGCUGCUACGGUACCGAUCCGUAUCUGGUGUACGAGUUCGCGGAAUACGGCAGUUUAAGGGACUGCUUAUCGGAUGCUAGUGUCGCAAGGCAGCUUACAUGGGGGAAAAGAACAACAAUUGCUUUCGACGUAGCAGUGGCACUCCAUUACAUACAUUAUUGCACGAAGCCAUGUUUUAUCCAUGGAAACAUAAAUUGUAAGAACGUGCUAAUAACGAAGGAUUGGAGGGCUAAAAUCACAGGUUUUACAUCGGCAAAGCCAUCAAUUUGCAGUAAAGAAGACGGAGAAACGAGCUUCGACGUCGAUGUAUUCGGAUUCGGGGUUGUUUUGAUCGAGUUGUUAUCAGGUAAACAGGGUGAAGGUGGUGGGGAAGUUUUGAAGGAAUUUGUGAAUAUAUUUGCGGAUCAUGGGAUUGAAGGUUGUUCGGAAAAGUUGGAGAAGUUUAUGGAUCCGAAUAAUCCAUUGGCUGAUGCUUUGUGUUUGGCGUUCUUGGCAAAGGCUUGUGUUGAAUCGGAUCCUCAUCAUAGACCCACCAUGGAUAAUGUUAUAAAGGCUCUCUCAAGAUUUUCAUGA